GGACCAUGGCCCCCUCCCCUUUCCCUCCUGAAGCUGCACCCCUGGGUGACGGCGGAUGGCGAGCAGCCCCUUCCCUCGGAGGAGGAGCACUGCAGCGUGGUGGAGGUGACGGAGGAGGAAGUGAAGAACUCCGUCAAGCUCAUCCCGCGGCUGCCCACUGUGAUCUUGGUGAAGGCCAUGCUCAGGAAGCGCUCCUUCGGGAACCCAUUCGAAAGCCACGUCAAGUCCGAGGACAGACCUCUGGCGAGAAACUUAUUCAAGAAAGAAGAGAGGAACGAAGAGGUUUGUGAUGCCCGCGAGGACGAGGCUGCCUCCUGAGCCCCCGGCCCCUCCCCCCGAGGGGGGUCCCGCACUGCUGCUGCCACCACUCAUCCUGUUGCACGUGCCUCCACGGGGCCAUGUGCCCCCCCCAUGGACUGCCCCCACGAACCAAAGGUUGAAACAGCCUCCUCCCAAGGGGGGAGGAGGAGGAGGAGCAGCCCCUGCCCACCUGCCCGCCUGCCCGCCUGCCCACCUGCUGCGGGCUGGCCCUGCAGCUUUGGAGACAUUGUUUACAGCAAAGCAUGGGCUCGAAUCCUGCCUGGGGCUCUGUGUGAAUUCUCAGCCUGUGCCUCAUCUCCAUCCGUGCUUGAGCCCCCACCGGGUAUGGUCACCAGCGCCCAAUACCUCUUGACUAAUGAAUGUGUUUAACUUAGAAUUCGCUUCCCCACCCGCACCGUGGUGGCGGGAGACGGAUGCUCUUCAGUGACUACUCGGGGUUCCGACGGCGGGGGGUGGGGGGGACCCCAGAAGUCCCGGCCAGGUGAAGCGGGUCUUGGCAGAUUGUGACUCACAGGGUGGCCACCUCCACCUGAGAUGGGCGGCAGAGAGGCUUUCCCAGAGCUUUAGGCCUGCGGGGUUGGGGCUUAUCAAAAGGGAGCUGCUGAGAGCGAGGCCUCAGCCAUAGAAGUUAAUCCCAGGCCUCCUUCUGCCCCAAAUAAAUGGGGAAUGACGGUCUACCCACCUAGCCUUUGCUGUUCUCGAUACCUCUUACCCUCCCCCAUCUUGGGAAGCCAAGACAUACUUUUUGUCAUCCCCUACCUGCACCCUGUCAUAGUCCAGAGAAUGGACUGCAGGAAAGAGCACUUUGUGGAAGGCUGUAUCUUAGGGCCAUCUCAAAGGCAAAUGCAACCCCAACCCCCAGGAGCCUUCUAUCCUGCGGUAAAACACUCCCUCAAUCCGGGGGGAUUAGCCUGGGACAGUAUAGGACGGUGCUGGUGAACCUGUGACACGUAUGCCUGAGCGUGCUGGAGGGGGCUGCUCCCUUCACCCUCUCCACGCACCUGAGGACAUUUCUCCCAUCACCCAGCAGCCCAAUGGGAGUGUUUCCUCCCUUUCCUGUUUGGGGUGAGGUGAGAGGGUUGUCAUGUGGACACUCGCCCUCUAAAAGGUUUGCCAUCACCCCUGUGGCUGUUCUCGAUGGAAGGUCUGGAGAUUUGGGGAGACCAGCUACAGGCAGGGCCAUGACCUGCACCGAGUUGUGUCCUCUGGAAUAACUGGAAUUCACAUCAUCUCCCCAAGUCUUUAAAACCAGAGUUAAUGGUCUGUUUCUUCCCGCUUUGUCCUAGAAGUUCCAAAUAGCUCCAGGGAGAGCUAACCAUUGGGCUGCCCAUUCUGAAAGAAAACCCCUCCCACAGCCUGAGCCUAAAUAUUCAGACAGCAAUCGAAUCAGCUGAAUGGGGGCAUGUUUAGGGCGGUGUCAGUGUCUCCAAUGGCCAACUGCUUUUUAUCCAACAUGGGACCAAACCUUAAAGGGAACCAUUUUUGGCCCUCUGGGGUGACUCUUACGGUGGAGGUGGCAGACAAGGAGACAACUUCUGGGCGCCUUCAGCCCACCCACCCCGUCAGCCAUAUACGUAUGCUGGAGCACUGCUCUGUGGCCCGGGAGCCCCGGCAGGCAUCUCUCUUCUGCACUUGGGCCACCUUUAUGCAGAUGCCCCUUGAUUUGGGGUGCAAAAAAAUGAAGUUACUGUUUAAAGUUUCUUUUCUGACUGGUUUUUGGCUAACCCAGGCAGCCCCGAGGGGUGAUCGCUCCAGGCGCUAAGGCCUGAGGGCCGCAAUGGGGGGCGAGCCAGGGGAGGAGACCCCCCGCACCCAGAGAAUACUGCAGGCACACAGACACCCAAAGCCUGGCCUGGAAGCAGGUUCAAAAGGGAAUGUUCUGCAGACUUAAAACAUGGCCGCGUCCUUUCAAAGCAACGAAUUCAAAAACCCAGGAGUCCCGGGAGUUCUGGUGGGACCCCGUGAGCAGGAAGGUUCAGACCAGGGAAGACCAAACCCCAAGGGCUCCCCAAGCAGGCGCACAUGCUUUCCCCACAUGCCUGUUGCCACGUGGUGCAUGCUCUAUGCAUGAUCUGUAUUAUAGUGUAUAUUGGACGUGUGUAGCAGUCUCGGUAUGUACUCUGUGCCCCGGCCACAAGCUCGCCUGGCACCUCAGGGGGAGGCAGCCUCAGGAGGAGAGAGUGCCAAGGCUGGCCGGCAGCCCAUCUGACACCUGAGGAAGCAGAGGCUUCCCAGAGAGGGGAGAUGUGGGUGGGAAGCCAGAGGCCCGGGAGGCACCGUCCUCCGGCACCUGCUCAAACCUGAGUUUGGGGAAGACGGCACCCUUCUGUCCCUGCUCCCAGAAGCCUUGUCUUUAGAGGAAGGCAGUGGGCUGGCCAGGAAAGACAGUUGGCGUUUGAGCCAGCCGGGUGCCUGGCAAUCUGAGCUGGAGCCACCUACAUGUCCCAACUCGGUGUCCAAGCAGACCUGAGCGAGUCCUCACAUGAGGCUCUGGUCUUGCAAGCCCUGAGCAGUCAGGAGUGUUAAGAGCUCCUUUCCCCAACCCCCUCCUCACCUAAAGGCUCCUCCCAGGCCCCUUCCUCAAAUUGAGUCCCCACCUAGUCCCGCAGUUAGCCCCGCUUCUCUGUGCCGGGGAGAUGCACCCAGGAGGCCUCACAGCGCCUCAGGCGGGGAAUCCCUUCCCCUUGCCGCAGAGUUAGUUAUUUCUGAGCUGGCCAGAAGGGGCUGGUGAUGGGUGGUCAGCGGGAUGGAGCGUGUGUAUCUGGGGAGUUGUGGCGAGACAGCAUGUCCACCUGUACAUACUUAUUAAA